AUGAAAAUGAAUAUGAACAUGAACAUGAACCUAGAAAUGAGCGUUAACCCACUCCAGCAGCAGUUUAUCAACUUGCCAAAUGCAAGCUCUGUUGCUGCUGAUGAUGUUGCUGCCGCCUCUACACAAGUGAAAAUGGAACCAAGCCAGAACUCUACCAUGGGUGAACUGAUCUUUGAUAAGUUUAUCAACCAUGCUGUCGAACAUCCUCAUCUCCAACAAUCUGUCUCUAACGGCAGUCCUUCCGGUGGUGAUGCAGAUGAUAUUUCGCCAAAACUGUUCAACAUGAACUCUGCUGAUCCUACAAUCACUUCCAAUGAGAUCUCGACCACAGAAUUGAACGCAUCCAUCGUUGAAACUUUCUUCGACGCCGCCUCAUCUACUGAUUCUACCCCAAUUUUCGAAUUGGAUAACCAAGAUCUAGGUGGUGUGGAAACUUGGACUUCGUUGUUUGACAAUGAUAUCCCAGUCACCUUGGAGGACGUUUCUGACUGUGCCAAUGCGGUCACUUUGGAGUUGGAAUCUACGCAUAACGUAUCUGUACAACACCCUUCUGUUGUUGACGAUUUAGUGGCUCCACCAACGAACACAAUGGCUUUGAAGCAAAACCAAUUUUUGCCAACACCAAUGUUAGAAGAUGACCUUCAAUUACCAUCUAAACCAAAGUUCAGCAAAGCAUCUGGUAGAGUUUCCAAGCCAACUAAAUGUGAAAACUUGACUCGCUCUCCUUCUCCCUCAGAGACUGAAUCGAACAAGUACGACAAUUUGGGUGUUAUUGCCUACAGCAGAAAGCAACGUGCUGCCCCAUUGACUCCAGUGAUCCCAGAAUCUGACGAUCCAAUGGCUGUUAAACGUGCUAAGAACACUGAGGCUGCAAGACGUUCUCGUGCUAGAAAGCUCCAAAGAAUGAACCAAUUGGAAGAUAAAGUCAAGGAGUUACUGCAGAGAAACUCUGAUUUGGAAAACGAAGUGACCAGAUUGAGAUCAAUGCUUGGUUCUCAAUGA